AUGCUACUAUUAGUUAUUAAUGCCACAAAUGGGGAAUUGAUUAAGUUCUACAUAGAUAACACAAACUAAAUAAAGCCAUUUUUUGAAAUCGGCUAGACUAAUUCAGUCAUAAUUACAGAUGAUAAUCAGCUUUAUAUAAGUGCUUUUAAUUUCGACAAAAUAUAGAAUGUCAUAGCAAGAUUUGAUAUAUCGAUAAUGGGGACUUAACUAAUUGAAAAAUGGUCUAAAGUGAUAGGACCAGAGAAUCCUAGUCAUUAAUUUCUAACUAUAUAUCUUGAUGAAAUGAACAACGGAUUAUUCUUAAAUUUCAAAAAGACCUUUGUAUUCGAUUCUUUUACACAUAAUGCAAGAUUAGGUCUUAUAAAACUAAAUGCCUUUUCUGGUUAGAUAAUAUGGUCACGUGGUUUUGAAUACAAUAAGACUUUAGUAGAAUCUGGUAACACCUUUAUCUCAGAAUUUAGUGUUUUCACAAUUGGUUCAAAAGAAAUAAUUGGAAUAUGCUCUCACACUUAAUUUGAGGAGGAGCCUAAUUAUAAGAUGCAGUUGUAUGAACUUUAUCAUGCUAAGAUUACAAAUGAUUUAUUCGUUGUUUUUUGCGGGUAAAGUGCAAAUAAUAUCAGAGCUUCAUACCUUAAUACAAAUGAAGAGAGCCAAUCGUGCGAUCAUAGAUAUAAAUAAGGCGAAGAGCCAGAUAGUUAGUACAUUGUAGCAGUUACCUCUGAAUAUUUGAUCAAGGAAUAUAACUAUUAAGCCUUAUUAUAAGAUGGAGGUAUUACGUUCAUUUAAUUAAUUGAUGCUCAAUUAAAAGAUAUUUCCUUAAAGACAUUUUAUCAUGAAUACCCGCGAUUUUGCCAGAAAAAAUCAUCUAUCAUUACAAACCAAUCUUAAUGGGAAAUAAAUGUUAUUAAAGAAGAUCGUGGGGAAUAUAAGUUUGAUUUAAAUAAUUUGGUUAAAGGCGAUGAAAACUGUUUAGAUCCAACUAGGAGUUUCACAACUGAUAAAAAAGAUUAUGAAGAGAGAUAUAAUCUUACUAACGGAGUAUUAACCUUUAAAUAUGAGAAUAAGUAGGAUCAAAUAGUCGAUAACUUUGAAUUAUCUAUAACAUAUCCAGAUUAAUAGAUUGUAUACGAGAUGCUUAAAAUAAAUCUUUUGAGCUGUGCUGGUCCAAUGGUCAUAGAUGUUAUUAAUGAAAAAUUCUGGGCUUAAUGCAAGCCUGCCUUUGUUGGAUAUCCAAUAAAUCUAUACAACUUCAUAACAUUUGAUAACAUAACGAACACUUACUUUAUAUCUGAUUAGCCUAAUCUAUUUGUAGAAGAUGAUGGAUUUACUUAUUGGCCUCGAGAAAAAUUAUUUCGUAUAGAAGUAGAUACUAAGGAUGAUACUGCUAAUUUCACAUUUUAUUGGUUUUUCUAAUGGCAGUUCAAACUCCUCUUAAGUAAAACCAACCAAUAAUAAUCUAAGUGUAAACUUUAAAGAAGCACCAAUCAUGAAAUCUAUCUUUAAAAAAAUAAAGAUAUAAUCAAUGAAAACAACAUUGAUUGA